ACUCCAGCAGAGUUCUCGCGACACUGUCAGAAGUGCGGCGUGAGGCGUGAGAGGAAGGUUGUGCUAUCGCGAGAACUCUUCCUUUCGGCCCUUGGUUUGUUAGGUGUUGUCUCUCCGGCGAAGGUACCCUCAGAUCUCCCGGAAUUCCGCUGGUACUUGGAACAGUGAGCAGAAUGAGUACCUCACAGGACCAGAAUGGCUUCAGUAAGAGAGAACCCCUUUUGAGGUGCUGUGAUGCACAGAGGGACUUGGAGAUUGCGAUUGGUGGAGUUCUCCGGGCUGAACAGCAAAUUAAAGAUAACUUGCGAGAGAUCAAAGCUCAGAUUCACAGCUGCAUAAGCCGUCACUUGGAAUGUCUUCGAAGCCGUGAGGUGUGGUUGUAUGAACAGGUAGAUCUCAUCUAUCAGCUUAAAGAGGAGACACUUCAGCAGCAGGCCCAACAGCUCUACUGGUUACUGGGCCAGUUCAAUUGUCUUAUUCGUCAGCUGGAACGCACCCAAAACAAAGAUCUAGCCAAUCAAGUCUCUGUGUGCCUGGAGAGAUUGGGCAGUUUGACCCUCAAACCUGAAGAUUCGACCAUCCUGCUUUUUGAAGCAGACACAACUGCUCUGCGCCAGGCCAUCACAACUUUUGGGUCUCUCAAGACCAUUCAAAUUCCUGAGCACUUGAUGGCUCAUGCUAGUUCAUCAAAUAUUGGACCCUUCAUGGAGAAAAGAGGCUAUGUGCCGUUGCCAGAGCAGCAGAAGUCAGCAUCUAGCACCACAGCCAUCCCUCUCAGCGAAUGGCUUCUUGGAAGCAAACCUGCCAAUGGUCAUCAGACUUGUUACACACCCAGCACCAAUCUGCAGGACUGGCUCACUCAAAAGCAUACCUUGGAGAAUAAUCAGACUUCUGCCAGAGCCUGCAGUUUCCUUAAUAAUGUCUGGGGCAACCUAAAGGGCUUGGAAAACUGGCUUCACAAGAGUCAGCAUCAAGAAGUUCCUGAAAAACCAAGUUAUCAAAAGGGUAGCAGUGAUUCUACCACCAGUUCUUACUCCAUUGAUACUGAAAAGGUUGAGAACCUAGAGCUUCUUGAUCAAGAUGAGAUGGAUCUUUCUGAUUGGCUGGUGACUCCCCAGGAGUCCCAAAAGCUGGAGAAGCCUUGGAAUGGCAGCUGUGAAACCAGUGAGAAGUUUAAACUCUUGUUCCAGGUGUUCCAGGAGUCCUAUAGUGUGAAUGAUUGGCUUGUCAAGCCUGAUUCCUGUACCAGUUGUCAGGGCAACUUACCCAAAGGUGUGGAGAUUGAAAACCUGGGCAAUCUGAAGUGCUUGAAUGAUCACAUGGAGGCCAAGAAACCCUUGCCCACUCCCAGCAUGAUUAUUGAAGAUUGGCUUGUCCAGAACCAUCAGGACCCAUAUAAAGUAGAGGACGUCUGCAAAGCCAAUGAGCCCUGUACAAGCUUUGCAGAGUGUGUGUGUGAUGAAAAUUGUGAGAGGGAAGCUCUCUGUAAAUGGCUGCUGGAGAAAGAAGGAAAGGAUAAAAAUGGUAUGCCUGUGGAACCAAAAUCUGAAUCUGAGAAACAUACAGAUUCCCUAAAUAUGUGGCUGUGUCCUUCCGGAAAAGAAGCAACAGAACAAGCAAAGACAGCAAAGGCAACGGCUCCUUCUAGAAUUACUGAUUCCUUCAAAGUGAUAAGGAACAGUCCCUUGUCAGAGUGGCUUAUCACACCCUCUUGCAAAGAAGGACAUCCCAAGGAAGUGCCUACCACUGAGGACCAAGCUGGCAAACAAAAGCUUACCAGCCCUGUGGCCUCUUCCUGGUGCCCCUUUAACACAGCAGACUGGGUCUUGCCAGCAAAGAAGGCAGGAAACUCAGGAGAGGAUAAGUGGCUACUUCGAAAGAAGGCCAAGGAAGUAUUAGUUAAUUCACCCCAACAGGAGGAACAUAACUUCCCCCCAGACUGUUACGGCCUUCCAGCAGUUUGUGAUCUCUUUGCCUGUAUGCAGCUUAAAGUUGAUAAAGAAAAGUGGUUGUAUCGAACUCCUCUGCAGAUGUGAAGAAAUGGAGUACUAGAGUCAAGCAACUUUGCAGCAAAUUAUCACACUUCAUGAGCCAAGUGACUGCAGCUUGCCAAAUCAUUGUUUCUGGGUGUGACCAGCUUAGUUCCUUUCCUGCCUAAUUUUGAACUAAUGAAGAAAAAUAAGUCAUCAAAUUAUGAGUUAUUGUGUAAAAGAAAAAGGCUGUUUGUUGAUGGCUGAGGUGAUUCAGUUCCUUCUUACAAAGUAAUCAUUCACCCUUUCACUAGAAAUGCAGCAUCUUGGUGGAUAUUUCUUUCAUAAGCCUCCAUGGCCCUUUAGGUUGAGUUGUUACUAGAUUAAAAACAUUGUGGUUUUAAAAAUUAAAUAAUUGUAUUAUCAAGGUGUUGAUUAAAGCUUGUGAACUUCUUUAACCUUUUGAUUACCCUUUUUAGAUGCUUCCUUUGCUGUGGGUUUUCUUCCCGUAGUGGUGGAAAUGAUUUCUUCUGCUUAAUUAAUAUAUAGUAUAUUUCACAUAAUUAACCUUGAGAAUAUAGUGUUUUUAAACCAAACCGUGUUAUCAACAUCUUUGCAAUUUUUGACAUUAAUUAGAAAACAUUUUGCCCACAUGUCAGAUUCUACAUUAUUUUCUUUUGGAAGAAAUUUAGCUACUAUAAAUUGUCUUUAUUUCCUUCUCUGAAUGUUAUUAUCUAGUGAGCUCUUUUAGAAUGGCUCUAAAUUGCUUCAAGAUGAUAUCCUGGGUAGUCCUAAGCUCUGAAAAUAUUCUGAAGAAAUGCAGGCAAAAGAGCUCCAUGCAGACUAAUGAAAGAGCAAAAGAUAAGACAUGUUAGAAAUGUAGUAAUUGAACUAUUCAUUAUCCUAAGGGUUGGUUAAUGGUGCACCCUGUGUAAAAUUAAAGUUGAUCUUGACACCCACCUGGUGCUUUUAACUGGGGUUAAACUAAAUGCCCUUUUACUGCAAGCAUAGUGUACCUUUACCUCUAAAAGUAUAAUGCAGUGACAUUUUAGAGAAUGGCCAUUUUGAACACUUGUGCCUUGGGGUGUUUAUUGAAGCUUUUUUGAAAAACUGGUAUUUUCUCAAGAUCCUUAAAGUCAUUUACAUACUUUAAAAAGUUUCUCUGUAGGAAAGAAGUGGUAUUUAUAGUUUUUUUUAUAAUAUUUUUAAAUUCUCUGAUAGAACUGCUUUCCCCUAGGCCUUUAAAUGGUUAAGCAACUCAACUUGCCUUGGGUAUACGGUAUUGCAAAUUCUUUUAAAGUUUGUAAUGUUGGCAUCUAGAAAGCCCUUUUGGGGAAAUUUCAGUCUGAGUGUCAUUUGCCAUACAGCUUCACUGGAAUUCUUGAACCACUGCUGAAAAAAGCCCUCUAUAUUCUAAGUCCCCCUAACCCCCAGCACCCUUUAGAACUGCAAUAAAGGUGGUAGGUUAAAAAUUAAGGAGCUUUUCCAUUACCUUAGGUUGCAGGAAACUAGUUUUUGAGGUUUAACAGUGUGUAUUCCUAGAUUUACAUUAUUUGCUAUGCUAAUGAGUAUGUAAAACAAAUCUUUUGCAUUGAUGCAUUUUGUACUUCCCCAUUAAAAGCAUUAACAGCCACAGUUGUGUGUAUUUGUAAAAGUACCUUGUAACAAAAUAUUCUAUCAUGUUAUGUAAAUGUGAAUCUUUGGUUAGUAGUAUAGCUGGUAAACAACUCAAAGUUAUAUUCAAUAAAAUACCAAUGAGUUUUAUGAAUCUUAAAUUAGCAAGAA